AUGGCAUUCACACCUGUGCGCUUUGCAACCCUGCUGGUUGGCGGCGCGAUCGCCCAGCAGGACAGCACCUUCCUCCUGCAGUCCAGCGCAUCUAAGGUCAAGGGCUCGGGGACAUUCUGGAACCAGUUCGGAAGCACGUUCGUGGAGGGCUCCUUUGGCAAGGUGCCAGACAACGCCCCCACGUGGUGCAAGAACGAGACCCAGCUCACUUGGAAGCAGAAGAAGGAGCGCAUGGAGCAGCAUCUGACUCUCGAUUGGGCCAAGAAGAUGGUGAAGCAGAUGCUCGAGCAGAACGAGACGGUUCCCGAGUGGAUGGACAAGAUGGUGUCCGACGAUGAGCAGAGGGGCAAGACGAAGUGGGCGGUCCAAGAGUCGAGGCGUCUGAAGUCCGAGGGCAAAGAGACGCCAAAGUGGAUGGAAGAGCUUGUGCAGGAGGACAGCAAGUGGGCUAACCGCUGGGCAGCGUGCAAGGCCGCAGAGCUGAAGGAGGCCGGCGAGGACGUCCCUGGGUGGAUGCUUGAGAACGGGAGGAGGGGGAUCUUGGACGCUGCGGCCGAGAAGGUGGCCGAGCUCCAAGAGGAGAUCGACGAGAUGGAUGAGGAGAGGGACCAUGAGGCGGCGCUGGUGGACGCCAACGGCGACGUCCAGCUUGCCAACAACAGGAUGCUGGCCAGGAAGCGGGACUUCUCCACGAGGACCGUGACCUCGCAGUUCCGCGCGCUCGAGCAAGCCCUGGACGAGCUCGACGCAGCCGAGGCCGAGAUGCUGGACGGCCACAUGGAAAACGGCCCGACCAGGAGGUUCAAGCGGGCCCUCCGGCAGGCCAAGAGCGCAACGCAGCUGCUCGGCAAGCUCCUGGAGCGCAAGGCGAGUAUGCUGAACGCCCAGAUGUCGGCAGCGCAGUGA